AUGUCGCAACUUUACGUCCACGCCCAGCGCCCACGUGGCACGGGUGGCGCGCGUUCGCAGCGUGCGGGAGCGAUGUUGGUGGCACCGAGUACCGCCGCGGUCGGACCGGGACCGACGACUCACGAGGCGCGUUCGCAGCGCGCACGGCUUGACACCGUGGCUACGAGGUCGCAAAUUUCGGCGCCCUCCUUCUUGUUCUCGGCGGCACCCGCACCCUCCUCCUUCUCGGCGUCGCCUUCCUUGCCCUCCUUCUUGUCGCCCGCGGCCUCGCCCCGCCUUGCCGGCUUCACCUUCCUUCUCCUCGCCCUCCUUGCCGGCCUCUCCCUCCUUUUCGUUACCGACCUCACCCUCUUUCUUCUCGCCUUCCUCGCCGGUUUCACCCUCUUUCUUCUCGCCCUCCUUCCCAGCCUCACCAGCCUUGUUCUCACCCUCCUUAUUCUCUCCCACCUUCUCACCCUCCUUAUUAUUCUCACCCGCCUUGCCCGCGAGACACCCGCCGAGCUCGACCGCCUUCUGCACGAGCGCCUGCGCCUUCCGCACCGCGUCGCCGUUGUCCUUGAGCUGCUGCUGCGCGAUCUUCGCCGCGAUUGCCUGCACGACCGCGUCGAACUUGGCCUGCGCGGUGUUGGCGUUUGCGGCGCCUUCUUUGGCCUCGCCGGCUUGGGCAUCACCGGCCUUCCCGGCGUCGGCCUUCCCGGCCGCCCCGCCUUCCUCGGCGCGGGGCCGUCCAGCGCCGGGGAAGAAGCUGCAAGCACAUCAGCAACCGCGCAGACAAUAUACACAGAAAAAGCGUGCAUUGAGUUCGCGCCGUUGCGGCCGGGUCUGCUGCAAUCGUCAGCGAUGCACCGGCUCGGGAAGGAAGGGAGGGAACGCACCCGAAGGGCCCGCCGGUGCCGACCUUGGGGCCUUAGGCCUUGCCGGCCUCGGCUUUGGUGCCUUCGCCGUCUUUCGGCGCCCUUGUUGCCUUCAGCGCCUUUGGCUUCGCCGGCGCCGGCCGUCUCGGCUUCGCCAGCUUUGCCUUCACCCGCGUUCCGGGCGCGAUGCAUCUGCCGAUGGGUGGGCUGCCAUGGCCAGUGGAGCUCUAGCAGGCGCUGCGAUGGUACCGUCCAGAGGAGAUCGCGACGCGGCGGAUUCUCUGGUUCAGACCCCGGGAUCCAUCGCCUUACGAAGCGUCCACCCGUGUCGACGCCAAGCCGCAGAUCGCGGAGAAACGGCAACGCUAUAUUCAUCGUGUACUGA